GAGCUCGGCCCAACAGAGCCCAGGAUGCGCUCGCCAAAUCUAGGGUUUACGAGCACGCCCCGGUAUAAAACAAUCGGGGCUCCAAGCCACCCGGCCUUCUGCAGCCGCCACCUGAACACCGGAGCAGAGCCAGGCGACGCCGCUGCAUCUGCAUCACCGACGAAGGGAAAUGGCGACGGUUUCAGGGGAUCUGAUCUGGCAGAUUGUGAGGAAGAACAACUCCUUCCUGGUGAAGCAGUUCGGCAACGGCAAUGCCAAGGUGCAGUUCACCAAGGAGCCAAACAACCUCUACAACGUCCACUCCUACAAGCACUCUGGCUUGGCGAACAAGAAGACUGCGACGAUCCAGCCAGCAGGUGGAAAGGACACAGCUGUGGUCCUCUCUACAACCAAGGCCAAGAAGCAGAACGCUCCUGCAAAGCUCUACCACAAGUCUGUGAUGCGCAAGGAAUUCCGCAAGAUGGCCAAGGCUGUGAAGAACCAGGUUAGUGACAACUACUACAGGCCUGAUCUGACCAAGCCAGCUCUUGCUAGGCUGAGCUCAGUGUACCGCAGCCUCCAGGUUGCCAAGUCUGGUGUCAAGAAGAAGAAUAGGCAGCCAACUAAGCUGUAAAGUGCAUUAAGCUUUGUGUUUAUGUUAAGGGCCUGUUGUUGGUCAUGCUCCCAGCGAAUUACCUUUGUUCCAACAGUUUUGAGACUUGGAAGUGAGACUCGUUAAUAUUAGAGCAACCAUGUUAAGCUGCUGCAUGUCAUUCCAUAAUUACAAAUUGGUUGGCACUCGAU